AUGGCUUCCAGCUCAGAGGAGGAUCUCUGCUGUCCGGUCUGUCAGGAGGUCUUUACAGAUCCUGUUAUUUUGUCAUGUAGCCACAGCUUCUGUAAAGACUGUCUGAAGAAAUGGUGGAAAGAGAGACCAACACACGAGUGUCCAGUUUGUAAGAGGAGAUCUUCAAGGCCAGAACCUCCUUUAAACCGAGCUUUAAAGAACCUGUGUGAGUCGUUCUUACAGGAGAGAGAUCAGAAAGCUUCAGAGGCUCUCUGCAGUCUGCACUCUGAGAAAUUCAAACUCUUCUGUCUGGACCAUGAGCAGCCAGUCUGUGUCGUCUGCUGUGCCUCAGAAAAACACACCAACCACAGAUUCAGACCCAUCGAUGAAGCCACACAACAACACAAGAAGGAACUUCAGGAAACUCUGGAGCCCUUAAAGGAGAAGUUAAAGAUUUGUGAAGAAGUUCAAGUGAAGUUUGAUCAAACAGCAAAACACAUUAAGGUCCAGGCCCGACACACAGAGAGGCAGAUUAAGGAGCAGUUUAAGAAGCUUCACCAGUUUCUAGCAGAUGAAGAGGAAGCCAGGCUGGCUGCACUGAGGGAGGAGGAGGAGCAGAAGAGUGGGAUGAUGAAGGAGAAGAUGGAGGCUCUGAGCAGAGAGAUAGCAGCUCUUUCAGACACAGUCAGAGCCACAGAGGAGGAGCUGAGAGCUGAAGACGUCUCAUUCCUGCACAACUACAAGGCUGCAGUGGAAAGAGUCCAGCGCUGCCCCCUGCUGGAUGAUCCACAGCUGCCCUCAGGAGCUCUGAUAGACCAGGCCAAACACCUGGGCAACCUGACCUUCAACAUCUGGAACAACAUGAAGAACAUGGUCUCCUACACUCCUCUCAUUCUGGACCCAAACACUGCUCAUCCACAACUCAUCCUGUCUAAAGAUCUGACCAGUGUGAGACGACGAGAAGAGAGGCAGAAGUUUCCUGAUAAUCCAGAGAGGUUUGAUUAUUACAUCUCUAUCCUGGGCUCUGAGGGCUUUACCUCAGGGACUAACAGCUGGAAUAUGGAAAUUGGAGACAGUACAGGGUGGGUGCUGGGUCUGUUAGCAGAAUCUGAUGAGAGGAAGGGAGAGAAACUGUCUGGAUUAUGGGGAAUACGGCACAUAUUAGAUAAAUACUACGCAGUCUCACCAUUGGCUCCAAAAACUCCUCUCUCAGUUCAUAAGAAGUUCCAGAAGAUCAGAGUGAAUCUUGACUGGAACAAUGGAAAGCUGUCAUUCUGUGAUCCUGAUACUAACACACACAUACACACCUUUAAUAACACUUUCACUCACAAAAUCUUUCCAUACAUUUACACUAAUGGUAAAGUGAAAGUUUUGCCGUUGAAGGUGUCAGUGUCAGUGGAGCAGAUGAGUUACGGCUGA